GCUUUCUCUGAGUCAGAUGCGAGUGGAGAGCUUUUGUCAUCCUCCCGCCCCAGCAACUUAGACCCAAGGAACCCGCGCAUAGCCAGUGUUGGGGAGCCAGAGGCGAAGUUGGGGGCCUGGAGUAGGACCUGUGCUCCUGAGCCUUGCUAGGAUAUGCCAGGCCUUGGGGGCCAUAGCUGAGGAGUCGGGGCGGAGCCGCAGGGCCAGGCCUGCCGCUGGGUUGAGUGUGACUCCACGGUCCCUGGGUAGGGGCGUGGGGGACAGCCCUGCAGCUGGCUGGGACCCGGGGCUGGUUUCCUGUCUGGAAGGGAAGGGGCCCCGCCGAGGGGAUCAGGGCCAGCAGCAGCCAGGCACACCCCUGACUUUCUCCCUCUCUCUCUCUCCUCCCUUCUGCUGGAAAAGCGAGGUAAUUGUGAGUCCAGGGUGGGGCGUGCUGGAUGGGGGCCGGCAUUGGAAGGGGUGACCCUGGGGGCUGGGCUGCGUUACGAACUCACCCCUUUGUCCCAUUCCCUGGGCUCAAGUCUCCUCAAGUCCUCACUUCUGUCGCUAACUUUCUCAAACUAAGCCAGAACUCCCUCGGUUGGGUCUGAUCUCCCGACAAGCCUCUGGAUUCCGUAGAAUCAGCAGGAGGCGUCCCUUCCCUGCCCCCUUCCAGCUGUGCCUGCCCCUCACUGCCCUCGCAGCAAGCACAUUCUUAGUCGGCCAGGCCAGGGAUGUGGGCGGGAGCGGGGGAGGGGCCAAAAUGGGAAUGAAAGGGCCUUUUUCUUCCACAGCUGGGAGAACAGCUGCCACCAACUCAAGGCUGGACACUCUGUGCCCAGAGCCCCCUCUGCAGCUGGUCUCUCCUCCCAGGAGCCCCUGCUCAUUCUUACCUCACUUUCUUUCCUCCUCUGCUUGGCUCCUUCCAAGGCCUUAGAACAACACUAGGAGAGAAAAUUUUGUCACAGAAGCCAGAGGGGUCUAACAGGACUGCAGAGGGACAGGGACAGACUCUGCAUUCUGUCCUAGAGCUGGACACCUCUCUCAAGCCCGGGGAGCAGUGGGAGGAGGAACUGUGGGACAGCGUGGUGCCUACCUGGCCUCUCUCUGGGCAGCAAGGGAAGGGGCUCUAGGGGACACAGAGAUGCAGGACAGAUGGCACAUCCUGGAGGACCUCAAUAUGCUCUACAUCCGGCAGAUGGCACUCAGCCUGGAGGACACAGAGUUGCAGAGGAAACUAGAUCAUGAGAUCCGGAUGAGGGAAGGGGCCUGCAAGCUGCUGGCGGCCUGCUCCCAGCGAGAGCAGGCUCUGGAGGCCACCAAGAGCCUGUUGGUGUGCAACAGCCGUAUUCUCAGCUACAUGGGUGAGCUGCAGCGGCGCAAGGAGGCCCAGGUGCUGGAGAAGACAGGCCGGAGACCCUCCGACAGUGUGCCGUCCACUGAGCGCUCCCCUUGCCGUGGACGUGUCUGCAUCUCUGACCUCCGAAUCCCACUCAUGUGGAAGGACACAGAGUAUUUCAAGAACAAAGGCGACCUGCACCGCUGGGCUGUGUUCCUGCUGCUGCAGCUUGGGGAACAGAUUCAGGACACAGAGAUGGUGUUGGUGGACAGGACCCUCACAGACAUCUCCUUUCAGAACAAUGUGCUCUUUGCUGAGGCAGGGCCUGACUUUGAACUGCGGCUGGAGCUGUAUGGGGCCUGUGUGGAGGAGGAGGGAGCCCUAGCUGGUGCCCCCAAGAGGCUUGCCACGAAACUCAGUAGCUCCCUGGGCCGUUCCUCGGGGAAGCGUGUCAGGGCAUCGAUGGACAGUGCUGGGGCCUCCGGGAACAGUCCCAUCCUGCUGCCUACCCCAGCUGUGGGAGGUCCUCGAUAUCACCUCUUGGCCCACACCACGCUUACCUUAGCAGCAGUGCAAGAUGGAUUCCGUACACAUGACCUCACCCUCACCAGUCAUGAGGAGAACCCUGCCUGGCUGCCCCUUUAUGGUAGCGUGUGUUGCCGGCUGGUGGCUCAGCCUCUCUGCAUGACUCAGCCCACUGCAAGUGGUACCCUCAGGGUGCAGCAAGCUGGGGAGCUACAGAGCGGGACACUCGUGCAUGGAGUCCUGAAAGGCACAAACCUCUUUUGUUACUGGACAUCUGAGGAUGCAGACACUGGGCAAGAACCACUCUUCACUAUCAUCGUCAACAAGGAGACUAGGGUCCGGGCAGGGGAGAUGGAGCAGGCCCCAGAGUGGCCUUUCACUCUCAGCAUCAGCAACCGGUAUGGAGAUGAUGAGGUAACAAACACCCUUCAGGUGGAGAGCAGAGAAGCCCUGCAGAACUGGAUGGAGGCGCUGUGGCAGCUCUUCUUUGACAUGAGCCAGUGGAAGCACUGCUGUGAUGAGAUUAUGAAGAUCGAAAUUCCUACACCCCGGAAGCCACCCCAAGCACUGGCCAAGCAGGGAUCCUUAUACCAUGAGAUGGCUAUUGAGCCGCUAGAUGACAUCGCAGCAGUGACAGACAUCCUGGCCCAGCGGGAGGGCACGAGGCUGGAACCGUCCCCACCCUGGCUAGCAAUGUUUACAGACCAGCCUGCCUUGCCUAGCUCCUGCUCGCCUGCCUCAGUGGCCCCAGUCCCUACCUGGACGCAACCCCUGCCCUGGGGAAGACCCCGGACCUUUUCCCUGGAUGCUGCCCCUGCAGACCACUCCCUUGGGCCUUCUCGCUCGGUUGCACCCCUUCCCCCACAGCGAUCCCCACAAUCCCGAGGUUUCUACAGCAAAAGUCAGCUCAGCACAUGGCUCCAGUCCCCAGUGUGAGAGGCACCAGCAACAGGAUCUGGUCAAGAAAGAAAAUGACCCAAGGACAACUGGGCUCUAGGUCCAGCACUGUGGGGCACCAGUUGGCCAGCUUGGGCUCCUCUUCCUCCACUGGACUAGGACGGAAGGCUGGGGAAGGGUAACAGAAACCCCUCCUAAGUUGUGGUUGCCAUGGUACUGAGGGGACCAUUCCUUGAGCUGGCGAGGAUCCCCCUAAGCGCUUCCUGGGAGAAAACUGGAACAACUCUGCCCUACCUCCCUGCACUAACCAGCCUCCAUGGUGGCACUGGAGCACAGGGAGGAAAGCACCUCCCUUGUGACCCCUACAUCAACCAUUAAAGUUAUUUAACAGUUU